AUGACGUCCCGUUCAGCCAUUCCAUCUCUUCCGUCAGCCAAUCAGCGCCGGGUACCAAAGUUUUUCCGACGACCUACCAGAUCGCACUCAGGUUUCUGUAUGACACCGCCUCCAUCCUCGAUCAUGAACAUCGCAUUCUCAUACACCCCGAUGCCCAUGAUACAUCAUCCCGACCCCGCCUUUUCCACUGGGUUCGAAAUCGUCUCUGGCAGACCAGGCGGUGAAGAUAUCGAGUUCCGCGAGCGUUCCUCAGGAGUUGUCGAUAUUCCGUAUGCUAAGUGUGUGUCACCUUUGUCCUUCUCGAAUAUCCAACCCAUCUCAUAUUACGUAGAGGAAUGCAUCAGCAAGAGAAAACAGAUAAAAAUCAUUCCAUUGAAACACGGAAAGCCUGCCGCAUGUCCUCCCGAUAGCAACGCCACAGCACACUCUAAUGGUGCGGCUCAAGCCCAAUCUCCGCAAGCACAAGCUGCUGUCUCCGUCUCCGCCGCACUUCCCAUUGUUAAUACGAUAAUCCUGAUGCAACGAUAA